GCACUGAGCUGCCAGGAGCAUCUCAAUGUCCUGGGGGGUAGGGUUGAAAAUCGGGGGGAGGUUGGAGGGGGCCAUGGUGGACGAUUGAUAUGGCAAAGGACAGCGAAUUGAGUAUAUCAAUCGGUCUGGCGGCUUGUCGCGAUGGUGUUGAGGAGAAAAGACUGACGCCAAAGUGAACUUUCCUCUCCGCGCUGAGAAGUUCGACGAAUAUUUCGCUUGCGCGUUGUGAGCUUUAGGGCUAGGGUUGGCCGCCGCGGCAGAGCCUCCGAUCCCGUGCCAAGUCCAAUCACGUGAUGCUACCUCCCGAUGCGGACUAGCGUAAUAUGGCGGUCUUGAGAUUUCGGAGUCUCCAAAGGUUGCGGACGAGUCGAUUAUUGUUGUUGCUGGGUGUCUUGCAGCCAUUGUACGUCCGCAUCAACUCAUCAUGCCUCCCCGUUUGUUUGUCCAGCCUUCUUUCAAGGCGUUUUCGGGUUCUUCCUAUGCCCAUAACCCGCUCGCCGCGCUGUCCGCAAACCCAUGCAAGACCUCUGUGAGAGCUGGAUCUCUGGAGACCAGGGAAAGGAGACGACACGACCCGUUUUUGACGGCACAGUCCCGGCAGCGCAAGGCUGCCAACCUGUCUCGCCAGCAAGCCCUUGUCCAGGAACGGGAGGCUAGUGUGGGCGAUCCGGUGCACAGCGAACCAACCCCAUUCAUUCAAGAGCUCAAGUCUGCCCAGCCGAGCCCGGAUGCGAAGCUCAAUCAUUUUCUCAAUGCGGAAGGCCUCGAGCAAGCUUUGGAAUACUCGAAGAACUUGACGUCACCUAUCGAGAACCAGGACCGUGACACCGUCGACCCCCAGCUCGAGAAGGAAGCCGCAGAGAGACAUUUGAAGGAACACCAAAAUGCCCAGGAAGCGAUCAACCGCAUCAUCAACCUCAACAAUGGAAAUAACAAGGACCGUCUUCGCGUCAACGUUCAGAAAUGCAUCGAGACUUUUGGACGACACAACACCGAAUCGUUUCUGCCUCCAAAGCCCGCGGCCGUAGCGCACGAGUCCGCCACCGCUCAUCCAGAGAAGACCCCUCGCGUUGGACAGGAUACCGGCUCCCCGGAAGUGCAGGCCGCCAUCCUCACCGCAAAGAUUGCCAACCUGUCUAGACAUCUCCAGUCCACCAAGAAGGAUAUGCACAACAAGCGGAAUUUGAGAAUUCUUGUUCACAAGAGACAGAAGCUACUGCGAUACCUCCGUAAGAAGGAAAGGGGUGGCCCGCGAUGGCAAAAUCUCAUUGAGACUCUUGGGCUGUCGGACGCUGCCUGGAAGGGUGAGAUCAGCAUGUAAUGGACCGUGGGCGUUUUAAUUUCGUUUUUCUUUUUUACCUCCAAAGUUGAGUAUUGGCGUGUACCAUUUGGCAUUCGGAGCACCCAGCGUGUACCACAGAGAGCUUACAAGUUCUCCCUAUCGAACCACUCUCUUCCA